AUGAUCUUAAAUACAGUAAUUUCUAUAAACGACAAGAAAUUUAAUAAUACUCGAUAUAACACAGGAUUAAGAGAAAAACCAGAUGAAGAUUUGGAGAUUCUAUACUGCACAUUUACAGAUAUUACAUCCAAAAAAGAAGGUGGCGCCAUUUGUUUGAAAAGUUAUCGAUAUUCUCUUUUUACAUUUUGCUGUGGGUUUUCGUUAUGUGCAUCUCAUACAGCAGGUGGCGCAGUUUAUCUCAAUUGCUACUCUUACCUUGCAUACAAAACGUGUUUUUACGGAUGUCUCGCUCUAAACUCAGAUCAAGCCGUUCACUCCGACGUGAGAAAAUAUGCACGAGAUGAAGCAGCCGAUAAUACCUUUAACCUAACAUUCAUUUGCCAAUGUUCUCCAAAACAAUCACAAGGACAGAAAAGAGCUGUUUUUUUAACAGGCGGAAUGCAAAUUUUUCUUAAUUCGAACUUCACCAACAACCACGUUCGCGAAGAAUCAUCUGCGAUGAUUACUUCAUAUCCAACAAUUUUCAACUUGAAAUUUUGCGAAUUUACGAAAAGCAGUGGAACUAACCUCAUUUGGAUUCAUUUGAUUGAGGAUGGCUUCACGCUGAGCUACUGUAAUAUAUAUAACAACACUUUAGCUGUUAACAAAUCUUCUUCUGUGGUUGUUAUCGAACAAUCAAGAGCUGUGUUCACCAGAUUCAUAUUCUUCGAUAACCAGUGUUUCCACUGCAUGGAAGGCACUUACCAGGUAUUUCUCAUUGAAUGUUCGUUUGAUUUCCAAUUUGAACAAGCGAUAUUUGGCGAACUAAAGGUUUCGGACAAAGGCAGUAAGUUUAUGACGGCUGGUAGAAAGUAUAAACUUAAAUUUGCUCCAACGUGGGACUGCUGGGCCAUUGGAUCAGCCUCCCCACGUGCAACAAGCAUUUUAAUACAUAUACUCAAUCCACAGAACUCAUCUACAUCCUUGAUUAUCGUUAUUCUUGUUUUAAUUGUUGGCGGAAUUGUUGGAUUCGCAAUUUGGUUUAGUCAAAACACAUUCAUCAGGGAUCUUGAAGAUUUAGAGCCAAUUAAUAUUGAGAAUUGA